AUGGCUGGAUCUGGAAGUUCUGAAGUAAGAACUCCGAUCUUCUCUGGCAAGAAUUACGAAUUCUGGAGGAUCAGAAUGACGACGAUCUUCAAGUUGCACAGGUUAUGGAAACUGGUUGAAAAGGGGAUUUCGAUCUCAGACUCAAAGAAGAAGGUUGAAGGAGGCUCAGAAGAGGAAGUUGAUGAGAAAACAACAGCUGUCUAUAUGCAAGAUGCUAAGGCCCUGGGCAUUAUUCAGACUGUGGUUUCAGAUCAGAUUUUCCCACGAAUAGCUAAUGCUGAAACAGCAAAAAUCGCUUGGGAUUUGUUGUGUGGAGAGUACCAUGGUGGUGAUCAGGUAAGGUCUGUAAAAUUACAAAAUCUGAGGCGUGAAUUUGAGUAUGCUAGGAUGAGAGAUGAUGAAACCUUAUCUGGCUAUUUGACUAGGCUAAAUGAUUUGAUAAACCAAAUGAAAACAUUUGGUGAGAUUCUGACAAAUGAGAGACUUGUUCAGAAAGUGUUGAUUAGCCUUAGCAAGCCAUAUGACCCUAUUUGUCUGGUUAUUGAAAAUACCAAAAGUUUGGAGACUGUGGAAUUGCAGGAAGUUGUAACUAUUUUGAAAAGUCAAGAACAAAGGUUUGAUCUACAUACUGUGGAUACCAUUGAAAGGGCAUUUGCCUAUCUUUCUGUGAAUUCGAAAGGGCAACAAAGCAAGAAUAAUUCUAAGUCUCAAAAGAAUUGGAAUCCUAAGGGAAAACCAUGGGAAUUGAAAGGAAAGCCUCAGCAGAACAAUUAUACACCAAAUCACAAUUUUUGUUCACCACAACAGACAACUCAAGAUGCUGCUAAACCACAGUGCAAGGGAAUGCACCAUAGUGGAUGUAGCAACCACAUGAAUGGAAGUGCAGAAUUGCUUGUUGAUAUAAGGACAAAUAUUUGUGGAAAGGUGCAGAUGCCUACUGGAAAUUUGGUGGAUGUUGUAGGCAUAGGCUCACAGGUGAUUGAAACUAGUGUUGGCAAGAAAUACAUUAGAGAAAUCAUGUUUCUACCUGGAUUAAAGGAGAAUUUGUUAAGCUUUGGUCAAAUGGAUGAACAUGGGUAUCAUUUGCUAUUUGGUGGAGGCAUGUGCUGCAUCUUUGAUGGCCCCUCACUUGACAAGUUGGUUAUCAAGGUCAAGAUGAAAAAUAAUAGGUGUUAUCCUUUAUCUUUAAUGCAAAAUGAUCAGAUUGCGUUAAGGGCUAAUGUGACUGAAUGCACUUGGAUCUGGCAUAAGACGUUAGGCCACUUAAACCUCAGAAGUCUCAAACAGUUGAGAGACCAAAGUAUGGUUCAUGGUCUUCCAUAUCUGGAAGAAAUUAAUGGUGUAUGCGAGGGAUGUCAAUUGGGCAAGCAACAUAGGGACUAG